AUGACGUCUGCGCAAGAUAUCAGUGUGCUCAAAAAACAUAGAGCGAUCGUUAAAGGCGCGUGCACGCGGAUUCACACAUAUAUCGACGCGAUUUCUUUUGCCACUCCUGCUAUUGCUGCUCAGCUUGAAAAACGUAGAAUCAAGUUAGACGAAUAUUGGUCACAAUACAACGCAAUACAAGCGGAGAUAGAAUUGCUUGACGAAAAUGAGGGCAAUGACCGGAUCGGCUUCGAGGAAGCGUAUUAUUCGCUUUGCGCAAAGAUUCGCGAACUUCUUAAUCCAUUAUCAGCUCCGCGGGCGCAACCGACACAACCGUAUUCACCGUCUACGUCGAGCGCAUUCAAUCGAUCGGAAAAUCAUUGCAGUGUUAGAUUGCCCAAGUUGAAUCUUCCAACGUUUUCCGGCAAAUACGAUGAAUGGUUUCCAUUCUACGAUUCAUUUAAUUCAAUUAUACAUUCAAACGCGUCAAUCAGUGACGUACAAAAGUUACAAUACUUAAAGUCUACACUUACCGGUGACGCGAGUGGCGUAAUCAGUGCAUUAGAAAUUUCCGCCGCAAAUUAUCAAAUAGCAUGGGAUAUUUUAAAGGAACGUUAUGAUAACAGACGAAUGAUCGUUCACACGCACAUUAAAGCAAUAUUAGAUUUACCCUCGCUCACCAAGGAAGAUUCAACCGAGCUGCGUCGAAUCGCGGACGGGGCAAUCCGACAUGUUCAAGCCCUCAAGGCACUUAAAUGUCCCACGGCGCACUGGGACGAUCUGUUAGUAUACAUUCUAACCUCAAAAUUCGAUCCACGUACAUUACGAGAAUGGCAGUCCUCUAGGUCAAACAAGGUCAGUCUCGCUUCCAAGGACACCAACAAAAAUUCACAAACCAACGCAAAACGACAAUCUACAUGUACAGCAACAGUCAAAUCCAAGUGCAACUAUUGCAAGGGCAAGCAUCCCAUGUAUUAUUGCAAGGAGUUUUUGGCACUGCCAAUCAAGCAACGGGCGGUAGAGGUACGCAAUCGCAAACUAUGCGUCAACUGUCUCCGCUCUCCGAUGCAUUCAUUGGACAAAUACACAUCUAGAGGUUGCAAAAUUUGCAAUAUCAAACACAAUACGUUGUUGCAUACGAGCACCAGCUCGGCGGAGGAUCAUUCCGGCACUUCCGGCACAGGGGAAUCAAGCAUACAAAAUUCCAGGACAGCCGUGACGACACAUUCGUCGAACAUUCAAGGCAAAGAUCACAUAAUGCUUUCCACAGCUGUGGUCAAUGUCAUAGCCUCCGAUGGCACAUCACAUUCAUGUCGAGCUUUACUAGAUUCAGGAUCUCAAGCAAGUUUCAUUUCUAGACAACUCGCCGCAACUCUUGGUUUACCACUACGCCCGCUAAACGUCACAAUAUCUGGUGUCAACAGUACCUCAUCAAAUGCUACAAUGGCAACCAAGGUAACACUGCAAUCCAGAUUAAAUUCUUAUUGUAGGACGAUAGACUGCAUAGUAACAGAGCGGAUAACCGAGAAGCUUCCAUUGACUACUUCAAGGCGUAGAAACUACAACAUUCCUCGAAACCUCAAGCUAGCGGACCCCCAUUUCAACGUUUCCUCCAAGGUCGACAUUUUGAUCGGAGCAGAAAUAUUUUGGGAGCUACUUUGCAUAGGACAAAUCGAGGCCACUCACAGCCAUCCAACUCUACAAAAAACGAGACUAGGAUGGAUUCUGGCUGGACGUCGCAGCAUCACAGCGGCGCCUGCAGAAAACGUGCGAGCAUUCACCACAGUCAUAUCCAAUGCUCAACUGCACGAUCAACUAACACGGUUCUGGCAAAUUGAACAUCUCGACAAUCAAGUCGUAAACAACAAGGACGAUGCUUACUGCGAGGAGCAUUUCGAAGCUAACGUGGACCAGAACGAACAGGGCAGAUACAUAAUAAAACUUCCAAUCAAGGAAGAGUUAAUCGGUAACCUUGGCAGCACAAGGGACAUCGCAUUAAGACGCUUACAAGGAACAGAGCGUCGGUUCAUACGAAAUCCCAACUUAAGGGACCAAUAUGUCCACUUUAUGGACGAAUAUUUAAAGCUAGGACACAUGAAGGAAGUCAGAUUGUCCCCACUUGAGGAUACAGCAUCUUUCUACUUGCCUCAUCAUGGCGUCUUCAAGGGCGCUAAACAAUCAUCCAAGAUUCGUGUCGUUUUCGACGCUUCAAGUAAGAGCGACACAGGAUUAUCAUUAAACGACGUUUUGAGAGUCGGCCCAGUGGUGCAGCAAGAUUUGAUGUCAAUCGUGAUGCGAUUCCGCACUUUCGUUCACGCUUUGAUCGCAGACAUCAUAAAAAUGUACCGACAGGUGCUCAUACACCAUUCGCAAACAUCUCUUCAAAGAAUUUUGUGGCGCAGCGACUCCAAGGCGGACAUCAAGACAUACGAACUGAUGACAGUGACCUAUGGCAUGUCAUCGGUUUCUUUUCUCACAACCAGGUGCAUCAAACAUCUAGCCGAUCAUCACUCAUCCACGUUUCCCAUUGGAUCAGCGUGUAUAAGGCGCGACUUCUACGUCGACGAUCUACUAACCGGUGCAGACACCGUCCAAGAAGCGGAGACUCUUCGAGAUGAAACGAUCGAACUAUUAAGGCUAGGCGCAUUUGAGCUUGGAAAAUGGGUUUCCAACACCCUGGAAUUGCUGGACGCAACACUCAAUAAAAAUGACAAACCCGUUGUCAUCGACAACGACAAAAGCGCCCACAUCUUGGGGAUCAAAUGGAACGCCGACACAGACACGCUACAUUUUUCAUACGACCCGGUCAUGUCACAUGACGCAAUUUCAAAACGGAAAAUUCUAUCGGACGUUUCCAAAUUAUACGAUCCGUUAGGCUUACUUGGUCCAAUCAUCGUCAUCGCCAAGUUGAUACUACAAGAUCUCUGGCGAGCAGGCAUCGAUUGGGACGAGUCAGUUCCUCAGAACUUACACGCACGAUGGAUUACCUUCAAGUCGCAGUUGACGGAGCUCAACCGACUAGCAAUUCCCAGACGCGUCAAAUACAGCAUUGAACGUCGACAUAUACAAAUACAUGGCUUCUGUGAUGCCAGUCAAAAUGCAUAUGGAGCCUGCGUGUACAUACGGACUGAGCUCGAUGCGAACAAGUAUCGUUCAGAACUUCUUUGCUCCAAAUCAAGGAUCGCGCCGUUGAAGGCUGUAUCAUUGCCAAGGUUGGAACUAUCUGCAGCGCUUCUGCUGGCACGGCUGAUGGACAAGGUCGGAUUCAACAAUUACAUUGAGCUGGAUAUCCUCAGAAUCACGCAUGUUUUCAGUUUUCGUUGCAAACCGCAUAGGAGAAAUUCAACGGGUCCCGACUUUCUGCAACACAAUGAGAAUCUCUGGCCCACCAAUCAAUUUCUACGUCAGGAGGACACCUCCGAACUUCGAAAAAUAUACGUUAACAUUGCAGUCGUUGACACCAGUGUCAUAGAAGACACACUCAACAAGCAUUCAAACCUUGACAGAGCCUGUGUGGCAUAUUGCUUGAGGUUCUUACGAAGACCUGCGGGCAUUACAACACACUUUGUCUCCCACGAAGAAACCGCGGCAGCAUUGCAACUAAUGUGCAAGGUUGUGCAACAGCUUUCAUUUCCCGAGGAGUACAAGGCCUUGAGCAGCAACAAGAGCCUCAGUACAUCCAGUGGGAUUUUGACACUCAAUCCAUUUCUCGACGAUGGAUUAAUUAAAGUUGGAGGUCGAUUAAGGCAUUCAAAUCUAACACAGGACGCGCGUCACCCGGUGCUGCUACCGAAAAAUCACGAGCUAUCAAGACGAAUCAUCACGCAAGCGCAUGUUAAGCCUGUUCAUUCAGAAACCAUUAUGAGCUCCUUACCUCCUAGUCGCAUCACUGUUUCCCGACCAUUCUCGUAUUGCGGCGUGGAUUACGCCGGUCCGUUAACUCUGCGAGAGGGAAAACGCAGAAACGCGCAUACUCACAAGGCAUACAUCGCCAUGUUCGUAUGCUUCGCUACCAAAGCGGUACACAUAGAACUAGUCAGUGAUUUAACCACCGACACGUUUUUAGCAGCCUUCAAAAGGUUUAUAUCGCGCAGAGGAAAGCCUUCCCACAUGUGGUCAGACAAUGGCACUACUUUCGUAGGUUCCCGUCAUCGUUUGCGCGAAUUCUCUAAUUUUCUUGAAAAAGAGUGCAUACAAAAUGAAAUCCAGUCAUUUUUGCGCGAACAGCGGAUAACAUGGGACUUUAUACCACCCAACGCUCCACAUUGUGGAGGACUCUGGGAAGCCGCGAUAAAAUCGGCAAAAUUCCAUUUGUAUCGUAUAAUCGGUAAUGCUCAUCUAACUUUCGAAGAGAUGCAGACUAUUUUAUGCGAUAUAGAAACGAUACUAAAUUCACGGCCCAUCGCUCCAUUGAGCGAAGACCCAAAUGACCUCGCUUAUUUGAGCCCCGGACAUUUUCUAAUCGGCACUACCGUAGACAGUUUUCCUUGCCACGACUUGAGCAACAUAAGCGAAAAUAGGCUCGUUCGUUGGCAACGCGUAGAACAAUUAAGGCAACAUUUCUGGCGACGAUGGAGUUCAGAAUACCUCCACACCUUACAAGCGCGUUCCAAGUGGAAGAUUAGCAAGGGGGAUCAAUUAAAGAUCGGUCAAGUCGUAUUAAUAAAACAGCAGGGGUUACACCCUCUGCAUUGGCUGUUAGGGCGCGUACAAGGCGUUCAUCCAGGCACAGACGGCGUUGUAAGAACCGCUGAGAUAAAAACAGCAAAGGGCAUUCUUACAAGACCGUUAACUAGAAUAGCGAUAUUACCUAUAGAUGACUCCAGCGAGAAACGCUAG